AUGCAAUGUGUAUGUGUUUAUGUUUUUUUUUUUUCUAUUUCCAUUAUUGUCACAGAAUGAGAAAAAUGAGAAUAGUCGUACCUUCCAUAUUCAAUUCAGUCAAAAUCUCAUAGCCAUGAGAUUUCCGUUACCUUUCUUCUCCCAUUCCAAUUUUAUUACGCGUCUUUUAUUUUGCCUUAAUUCAACCUUCGUACUUCAAUGAUACCUGGUCAACACAAAACCAUUCUCAAUUUGCUGCCUUCCGCCUUGCCUUCCACACCAAAACACUGCCUGACUCAUUCUAUAUUCCUUCUUCACUGCACCAUUGUUCUUGGGUUUUCUUUUUUUUCUUUGCUUCUGUAAUCUGCUGCAUCCUGUUCGUCAGUUCGGAAUUCUCCCUUUGUUAAUAGUGAAAUUCUUUGUUUGGGCAUAAAUUGGGGUGUACUUGAUAUAAGUCGCGAAGGAAAAAUGGGAGGGGUUUGCUCAGGAGGACUAAGAGGGGUGGAUAAGAAGCUUCAAGGGAAAAAUGAUUCAACGAAUGUAAAGUCAGCAAAGAGCCUUGGUAAGCAGAAAACAAAUUCUAAUUCAAAUGCCAAUUCGGAUGGCUUUGAUAAGUGGAAGCAAAGGAAUAAUUCCAGAUUUCUUCCAUCAUUUUCCCGUGAAUUGAAGCCUUCAACGCCGGCCAGGACAGCCGCAAACAAGAAUUCUGAGAGGAGCUCAUUUCUUGGAAGAGCUGGCAUUGUUGGCCUAGAGAGGGCGGUUGAUGUUCUAGACACGCUUGGAAGUAGCGUGUCAAAUUUGAAUGCUGGUCAUAGCUUUGUUGCUGGUGUGAUUUCCAGGGGGAAAAGAAUAUCUAUAUUGGCAUUUGAAGUGGCUAAUACAAUAGCCAAAGGUGUACAUUUGCUGCAAUCACUUUCAGAAGAAAAUAUCAACUUCGUGAAAAAAGAUGUAUUCUAUUCUGAAGGGGUGCAGAAGUUGGUCUCUAGAGAUAUUAAAGAGUUGCUAAGCAUCACUGCAGCUGACAAGAGGGAUGAAUUGGAUGUUUUUUCACGAGAAGUAACUAGGUUUGGAGAUCUAUGUAAAGACCCACACUGGCACAACCUUGGUCGAUACUUUUCAAAAUUGAAUAUGGAUAACUCAGUUAAUAAACGUAAACAAGAGGCAGAAAUGACAAUGCAAGGGUUGGCUACUUUGGCUCAUCUUACCUCUGAAUUGUAUCAUGAAUUGAAUGCUUUGGACAGAUUCGAGCAAGAUUAUAAGCGAAAACUUGAGGAAGUAGCAUCGUUAAAUCUCCCAAAAGGAGAGAGUCUCAUGAUUUUACAUAGUGAACUUAAACAACAGAGAAAGCUUGUAAAGAGCUUGAAAAAGAAAUCUCUUUGGUCUAGAACAUUGGAGGAGAUUGUUGAGAAGCUUGUUUAUAUGGUUACAUACAUGCAGCAAGCAAUAUCUGAAGCCUUUGGAGGUGUGACAUCAACCAAAAAAACACCCAGUGAGGGUCCUCAAAGACUAGGUGUUGCUGGGCUUGCAUUACACUAUGCUAAUGUAAUUAGUCAGAUAGAUAAUAUUGCAUCUCGACCGACCUUCUUCCGACCUAAUAUGAGAGACACGUUAUAUCAUGGGUUACCAACCAAUGUUAAGAAAGCUUUACGGUCUCGAUUGCUGUCUAUUGAUGCCAAGGAAAAACUUUCAAUUUCCAAGAUCAAAGAUGAGAUGGAGAAAACACUGCGGUGGCUCUUUCCAAUUGCCACAAACACAAUAAGAGCACAUCAGGGUUUUGGAUGGGUUGGAGAAUGGGCAAACAAUAGCACUGAAUACGAGCAGAAUGCGGCAACAAACAAUAACCCAACCCGCCUCCAGACACUCUAUCAUGCUGAUAAACAGAAGACAGAUGUAUACAUCCUUGAAUUGGUGACACUGCUUCACCAUUUGAUCAGCAUAAUACGACAGAGAGAUCAUGGUUUCAAGCCUCAGCCUGCUCGAUCUCCAAAUAAUAAAGGCAUCAUCUUCCAAGCUAAGAUGAACCAAUUAGUACCCUUAAACCGUGGCAGUAAAACACACAGAAUCGAACUUUCUCAAGAAGACAGAAAUCUUUUAGACAAGCUGAGUGGGAGGAGAUUGAAUCCAGGAAUAAGCAAAAGUCAGGAAUUCCCUUUUGGCAAUAAGAAAAAGAAUAGAGUUUGGGCAUUGAGCAUGAGUACUCGGACCUCUCCCGAAAGGGGUCUGAAACCAAGAAUGAGUCUGGAUCAUCAAGAAACUGACUUGUUAGAUAUGUUGGAUGGUUUGGAUUCCAAAUCCUGAGAGCAUUUUCUUUGAUCCCUCUUUGUUUCCCUCUCCUAUUAUAUUGUAUAUAACCUUUCUAUGCGGUGUUAAUUAUGUUAGAAUAUAAGUGAUGUUGAAAUUACUCAAAAAGUUUCUUUGUUCUUUGAGAUUGGAUAGUCCUACUGCAUUCCUCUCAACUUCUCCACCGUGAAUUCUAUAUAAAACUUCAAAUCAGGC